AUGGACGCAUCGGUGGUGAGAUUCUCCCAAUCUCCGGCAAGAUUGCCGCCGGAAUUCGAACCGGAUAUGGAGAAAAUCAAACGGAGGCUCCUCAAGUACGAUGUCGACCCCACCCCUAAAAUCCUUAAAACCCUCCGAAAGAAGGAAAUUCAAAAGCACAACCGGAGAACCAAGCGCCUAACCGAGUCCAAUUCCGAGACGGUGUACACGGAGGCGCAGAGACGGACUAUGGAGGAAGAGGCUCACUUCGAAACACUACGGCGGGAAUACAAGCAAUUCACGAGGAGAGUUUCGGGAAAUAGGAGGGGAGAAGACGGCGAAAGGAGUUUGAUAGUUGGGAAUCCAUGGGAGGGAAUCGAGAGGGUGAGGCUGAAGGAGCUCGUCGGCGAUGUACGGAGAGAGGAGGUCAGCGGCGGGAAACUGAGGAAAGAGAAUCUGAAAGAGCUGAAGAAGAUACUGGAGCAGGAUCUCCGCUGGGUUCUCGAGGACGACGUUGAUGACGUGGAAGAGUAUGAUUUGGCGGCUCGAAACGACGACGUGGGAGGAUUUGAUCCUGCGAAACGGUGGCGAAACGAAGGAGAAGCAGUGCGCGUUCUCGUUGACAGGUUGAGUAGUAGAGAAAUAACUGAGAAGCAUUGGAAGUUUGUGAGGAUGAUGAAUCAGUCAGGGCUUCAGUUCAAUGAAGAUCAAAUGCUUAAGAUUGUUGAUAGAUUAGGACGCAAAAGGAGCUGGAAACAAGCUCUAGCUGUUGUUCAUUGGGUCUAUUCCGAUAAGAAGCGUAAACAUCUUAGGAGCAGGUUUGUAUACACCAAGCUUUUGUCUGUUCUUGGGUUUGCAAGGAGGCACGAGGAAGCUCUCCAGAUAUUUAAUCUGAUGCUCGGUGAUCGCCAGUUGUAUCCUGAUAUGGCGGCAUACCACAGUGUUGCCGUGACGCUUGGGCAAGCUGGUUUUUUGAAAGAGUUGCUCAAAGUAAUCGAGCGCAUGAGGCAGAAACCAACUAAGCUUAUUAAGACUUUGCGCCAAAAGAACUGGGAUCCUGUGCUUGAACCUGACGUGGUUGUGUACAAUGCUAUUUUGAACGCUUGUGUUCCAUCACGCCAAUGGAAGGCUGUUUCAUGGGUAUUUAUCGAGUUGAGAAAAAACGGUCUGAGGCCUAAUGGAGCUACCUAUGGACUUGCUAUGGAGGUUAUGUUGGAGUCAGGGAAGUAUGAUCGUGUUUACGAAUUCUUUAGGAAGAUGAAAAGCAGUGGCGAAGCUCCAAAAGCAAUUACGUACAAGGUUCUUGUACGAGCUCUCUGGAGAGAAAACAAAAUCGAGGAAGCUGUUGAAGCAGUUAGAGAUAUGGAACAAAAGGGAGUCAUAGGAACGGGUUCAGUUUACUAUGAACUGGCAUGCUGUCUCUGCAACAACGGACGCUGGCGUGAAGCAAUGCUCGAGGUUGGGAGGAUGAAAAGGCUUGAAAACUGCAAACCCCUCGAGAUUACCUUCACAGGACUCAUAGCGGCUUCAUUGAACGGUGGUCAUGUUGAUGAUUGCGUGGCUAUAUUCCAGUAUAUGAAAGAUAAAUGCGAUCCCAACAUAGGAACCGUGAACACGAUGCUUAGAGUGUACGGAAGGAACGAUAUGUUUAUCGAAGCCAAAGAGCUGUUUGAAGAGAUCGUCAGAGAAAAAGAGUCUCAUCUGGUCCCAGACGAGUAUACAUACAGCUUCAUGCUCGAAGCUUCAGCUAGAUCGCUUCAGUGGGAGUACUUCGAGCAUGUGUAUCAGACGAUGAUUCUUUCCGGGUAUCAAAUUGAUCAAACGAAACACGUACCGAUGCUUAUAGAAGCAUCAAGAGCUGGGAAGUGGAGUCUUCUAGAGCAUGCCUUCGAUGCAAUUCUUGAAGAUGGAGAGAUCCCUCACCCAUUGUUCUUCACCGAAAUGUUGUGUCAUGCGGCAGCUAAAGGCGAUUACCAAAGAGCAAUCACACUGAUCAACACCAUGGCUCUCGCUUCGUUCCAGAUCAGUGAAGAAGAAUGGGGUGAUCUUUUCGAGGAGAAUCAAGACUGGAUUACUCAGGAGAAUCUACAGCAGCUCUCUGAUUACAUCCUUGACUGUGAUUAUGCAAGUGAACCAACGGUCUCAAACCUCUCAAAGUCAUUGAAGUCUCUAUGUGGGUCGUCUUCUUCAACACAACCAUUGUUAGCCAUUGAUGUGACAAAUCAAAGUCUCAGCAAGAAACCGGAGGAAGGUUUGCUUCUUCAUGAUACAGCAAUGGAAGAGGAGACUGAUACGAAAGGUGAAGCUUGGGAAUUUACAGAGACUGAACUUGAGACGUUGGGUCUAGAAGAACUAGAGAUCGAUGAUGAUGAAUCCAGUGAUUCUGAUACACUUUCUGUUUAUGACAUUCUGAAAGAAUGGGAAGAGAGUAGUGAAAAAGAUAGUUAAAAUGCUUGUAAAUUUUUCAAAAAUCUUAAUUUACUUUCUUAUUCAUCUCCUUCAAACCAGCUUGUAGAUCAUCCACAAACAGAAAAAGAUAGUCUCAGGUUUUUACAGAA